CUCCAAGAACACUUUUGAGGUCACUUCUCAGGGGGAAACACACCUUUACGAUUCUUUGUACCAGGUUUAUUAAAGUAAAACCAAGAAGCACCUUGAUGGCAUCUGUUGGGAUUGAGAUUCUGGGCAUUGCCCUAGCCAUGACUGGAUGGAUUGGAACUAUUAUCAUCUGUACACUGCCCAUGUGGAAGGUGACGGCUUUCAUCGGCAGCAACAUUGUGACAUCUCAGACCAUCUGGGAGGGACUCUGGAUGAACUGUGUGGUGCAGAGCACCGGGCAGAUGCAGUGCAAGGUCUACGACUCCAUGCUGGCUCUCCCUCAGGAUCUCCAGGCAGCCCGAGCCAUGGUUGUGAUUGCUAUUUUGGUGGCCAUCAUAGGUCUCAUGAUGUCCAUUGUUGGAGGAAAGUGCACCAACUGCGUGGAGGAUGAAUCCACCAAAGCCAAGAUCUGCAUUGUCUCAGGCAUCAUCUUCAUCAUUGCUGGAGUCCUCAUCAUGAUCCCUGUCUGCUGGUCUGCCAACACCAUCAUCAGGGACUUCUACAACCCUUUGCUUAAUGAUGCCCAAAGAAGGGAGCUUGGCGCUUCAUUGUACAUUGGAUGGGGUGCUGCUGCUCUUCUGUUGCUGGGAGGAGGUCUGCUCUGCUGCUCCUGUCCGCCGCGAUAUGGCCAUUCCUACUCUGCCAAAUAUUCUGCACCAAGAUCUGGAGCUGUAGAGAAGGCAUUUGUAUAAACCUCUGAAGAUAGUUGAUUGUGUAUAUCUAGAUGCCAGAGAAACACGCAAGGCUAAAUUCUCAAAGCUGUUUACUCCAAAUCAUCAGUACCACAUUUUUUUUCUCGGAAAGAAAAAAAAAACCAUCAUUUGUAUUUCUAAACUGAAUAAUAAAACCACUUUAGACUAAUCGCAAGCGCCUAAAAUAAAUAUCUCAGCUGUUUAUUUCUGGGUUGGUAACUUAAUUGGGUGCUUUUCUACUAUUUAAAAAAAAACAAACAUGAUAGAUAAUUUAGCCCAUGAUGUAUACGCACCUGGUUAUAGCCAUGCUUACUUUUAAUUUAAUGAGGCCCUCUUAUUGCUCAAAGCUUGACCGAGGUCACAGACAGACCUUAUUUUGCUCAACAUAAAGGAAAACCAGGUGGGCUGGCAGCUGAACUCAUCUCAUUUUGUAGUGGGAUUCAAGUUUCGGGUAAUUCCUGGCGGUGAUCUAUCUACCUCCCACUUUUUCAUGUCUAUUGUUUUGUUUUUUGUUUUUUUUCUGUGUAGUAUUGUACUUGGAAAUAUCUCUUUUCAUGACAGAAAACAAUCUGGACUAAGCUAAGCAGCUAAACAAAAGAACAGAUUUUUUUUUGUAUUUGUAAAAGAAAUUCAGUGAGCAUAUCCAACAGGUAAAGAAAACUGAAAAACAUCAAUCCAUUCUAAUAAAAUAAGCUAUAAUUUAAACAGUAGUAACUUUUAUGAUUUGCAGUAACCGUCCAUUAUAUUGUUUAAAUUGUAAAUUCCAACAUGUUUUUUUUUCUGAACAUAUGAAUAUGAAUACUCCUAUUUUUGAAUGACAUCUGUUUAAAAAAAUAAAUAAAUAAACUAGUGAUUAA